AAUGAACUGGUGACUUAAAUGCCGCACUUGUUGCAUAAUUUACUAUAACAGCAUUAUGACAGUCAAGUCCAUUUACAUUUGUCGGUCUAUAUGUGAUGUAUGUUCCUAAUAGAUAUUUUUCGAUUAAAACUGGAAGGCCUGCAUUCUAAAAAUGUUUGUUUUUUUUGUCAGCAGGCGGCACUGCGAAUCGAUAAUCCACUAGAUUUGUGACGUCGCCGACUAUUAUCUCUUCAUUUCGAAUAUUUAUUACCUUAAAAUAUAAUAACAUCGAUUACAAACAUUAUCUUCGAAUUUAAUCAUUGGACGCUAUCUUAUCCGCGAUACGAGAGGCAAAAUCAACUUUUUUAUUGAACACUAAAUUAGUAGUAAGAUACGCGGCCGGGUCGCGGUGGUUAUUAAAGAUGUCGGUUUGCGAAUACUGCGGAAGCGUUACGCAGAAUAACGACAAUUGUAAUCUCUCUACGCCGCUAUACGAAACGCAAGGCGGUAGAAAGAGCGGCUGGUUAUGCUUUUCCGGUUGGUGUUGUAAAAAUGCGAACGAUCAGAACGCUAGAGGUCGGAAGGAGACGCAGUCCUCUUCCGAUUUUCCUAGAGACGGCAGGUAUCAAAGACGCACCAUUCAAUUCGAUUUCGACGCCAGUUCGUCAGCGUCGUCGAAGAAAAUGCAAUCGACGGUAUCGUCGUCGAUACUCAAAUCGAAGAGGAAUUCGCAAGACGUCAAAUAUGGACAAAUAAAGCCACUUCCAAAGCACCAGCUGAAGCUUCUGCUGGUAUUUUCGUUCACCGACGCGGUGAGCGAGACUCUGAGCAAAGCGGCCGAGAAGUUGGGCUUCGAAACGACUUCCUGUGACAGCGAUAAGGCGUUGGAGGAAUACCAAAUACACUCGCAUGAUAUGGUCGUCGUCGACGCAAGAAUACACAAAAGUCCCGACAACGACCUACUCUGCAGAUCCAUUAGGAAUUCGAAGGGAAGUCAACAUACCGUUCUGGUGGCCAUCGUUAAACGAAGUGCUUUCGAAAGGGACGACGCUACUAUUACUUCCUUAUUGGAGUCUGGAUUCAACAGGUGCAUUAUAGAAACGACCAAUUUGUUGACCUGCGUCAACGAGAUGAUUCUGCUGAAACACAGUGACGUCAAACCGAUGGCGCAACAUGCCACCUGCCAGGCUCUCUACACAGCUCUGGACAGAUGCAGAGAUGUCGUCGUUGUCACAGACGACACAUACAAGUUACAGUACGUGAACGCGGCGUGCGAGAAGCACUUGGGACUACGUCAAGAGGACACGCUAGGCAAGACGCUCCAAGAGCAGUUGGUGUACGAUACGAUACAAAUAAACACGAUGGGCUCUUCUUUACUUCGAGCUAGAGAAUGGAGUGGUCCCAUGACAUUAAAACGACGAUCGACCCAAGAAACAAUCCUCAGUCCGUGCCGAGCGGUGCCGUUCUCUUGCGCCGGAAGAAUGCCCACCCAUUUCGUAUUGGUCUUCGACAUAAACUCGAUCGAUCCCAACAUCCUAUCCCAAUCGAGGGGCAGCAUCCACUCUAUACGAAGGGGUUCUACGGAUGUGAGAAGUGUCGGUAGUGAUUUUUUAAGAAGGACUUCUUUAGCUAAAUUAAACGCGCUUCCUCUGGAAGCUCCCAUAACUAAGAUAGUAGGCCUAAUCGACCAAGUGAGGGAAACUUCAAGCUCAAACCCGCAGGUCAUUCAAUUGCUCGACAAGGUGGAAGAUAUCCUGAAAAGCUCGGAGCUAUAUUCGUCACAAGUGAAGGAGGAUUACCGGAUAAGAUCAGACGAGCCGGUUGUCUCUGAACUCAUCACGGCACUGCUGUCCAAAACGCCUCAGCCCACGUUGUCGGCAUCAUCGAGAAGAAGCAGCAACGACUCUUCAGUAUUUAGACCAUCAAGGGCGGGACUCAUAAAGGCGCCGGCGGCGAUCCGCGACCUUUUGGAGACCUCGCUGAUUUGGGAGUUCGAGAUAUUCAAGCUAGAGGAUUUGACGCGGAAAAGGCCACUCCAACAUUUGGGUAUGAAUUUGUUCAAUCACUUUGACGUUUGUAGUGCGCUGAACUGCGACGAGAAGACGUUACACAACUGGCUGACCGUAAUCGAGGCCAAUUAUCAUAUCGAGAAUUCGUAUCACAAUUCAACUCACGCGGCUGACGUCAUGCAGGCGACGGCUGGAUUUCUGGAGAAGGAGCGUGUGAAAGCGAUAAUGGACCCCCUAGACGAAGCCACCAGCCUGAUUGCUGCAGCCGCGCACGACGUUGAUCAUCCUGGGAAAUCAAGCGCGUUCCUGUCGAAUUCAAACAAUCCGUUGGCGAUAUUGUAUAACGACGUUUCGGUGCUGGAAUCUCAUCACGCCGCUCUCACUUUCAAACUUACUUUGGGCGACGAACGAGUCAACAUCUUUAAAAACCUAGACAGAGACGCAUACAAACUUGCCAGGCACAACGUAGUGGAUAUGAUUUUAGCAACAGAAAUGACAAGACAUUUUGAGCAUUUGGCGAAGUUCGUCAACGUGUUUUGUACAAACACGCCUUCCGGAUCAGAUGCAGAGCAGAACGACGACUGUAUGCCAAUCUCAAACCAAGAAAAUAUCACUUUGGUCAAGCGCAUGAUGAUAAAAUGCGCAGACGUUUCAAACCCGGCACGGCCGCUCCGCCUCUGUGUCGAAUGGGCGAGGCGAAUAGCCGAAGAGUAUUUCCAACAGACGGACGACGAAAAAUCUCGAGGAUUGCCCGUAGUAAUGCCGAUGUUCGACAGAGCCACAUGCUCUAUACCGAAAUCGCAAAUCGGUUUCGUAGAUUACAUCAUCAAUGACAUGUUCGAUGCUUGGAACGCUUUUAUCGACAUGCCGGAACUUUUGGUGUACAUGAGACAGAACUACAUAAGGUGGAAGGAGUUCGACGAACAGGGUCAUACAACUUUGAGCGAUAUACAAAAACUCCAGGCCUCCAUUUUAUCACCUUCAGUAUCUUCCAAUAUUAAGUCUGACUAGCAUAAGCCCUUCCUGGUUUCAGGUCACAGCGUUGAUGUCGGUGAUGUAAGGAAUUUUUUUUACUCAACCAACUUCGUACCUUAAAAAUCUGACUAAACAAAAUGACGCAUAUCCCUUAUACUUCUUGUAAAAAAUAAAUGUACAUCUAUUUAUGUACCUAUUUUUAAUAUAUAUGUACUAUAAAUUUCAUAUGUAUGCAUGCUGGUCGUGCAUUUAUGUAUGUGUACCGAACUUUAUUCUUUGAGGAAUAUUUCAUGGAAGCAGAGAACCCUCCCACAUAAAGUAAUUAUAUACAGGCCGUGGAUAUACGCACUUUUGAAUGGAUAUUAACACGCAUGCUUUGAUAAUGGCAACUAAAUAUUUGGCACUCAAUUACCACAAUAUUUUUGUGUAACUGUGUGUCAAUUCCAUCCAUAACCUAUUCAUAUCCAUGGAUUUUUAUGUGGGCUUUAUUGAUGUGGUUUUUUUUAUUUAUGAAAUCAGUAAGUCGAUGUGUAAUUUUAUUCUUCUAAUU